AUGGCGUCUUCUUUCGGUGCAGCUUUCCGCUCUCUCUGGCACGAUCUGACCAGCUACGACCGACAGGACUACAACAGGUUCUCCCGCGAGAACAGCUACCAAGGUGGUGGCAUGCCCUACACCCCGACCAGCCCCAACCCUUCAGCGCCCUACUCUCCCGGUCUCAGGUCUCAAUCUGCCCGACGCGAGAGCCAGCACGACGGCUUCGAGCUGCAAAGUCCAGGAGAUGUUCCCAUGCAGUCCUUUCAGGAUGGCUCUCCUCCUCCCCCUCCCGUCUCCCAUUCGUGGAAGAAGAUCGACUCAUGGGCCGAGGAGCACUAUCCUGAGCUGUGGGACCAGCUCUGCGAGGGCUGUACCGACAACGAUCUCAACGAGUUGGAGCAUCAACUGGACUGCUCUCUCCCCCUCGACGUAAGAGAUUCAUUGAUGAUUCACGACGGUCAAGAACGACUGGGAAUGCCCACCGGCAUCAUUUUUGGCUCCAUGCUGCUCGACUGCGAGGAGAUUGUUCAGGAAUGGGAUCAGUGGCGCAAGGUCAACCAAGAAUUCCUCUCAGAAGCGGCCUACGCCAGGCCCGCCGCUCUGCCCAAGGCUCUCGGCAGCAGCAACCAGGCCUCUUCUUCCAAGACACCGGCCUCGCCCGCUGCCGCGAACAACGGCUCGUGGCGCCAGGACCUCAUCGCUCGCCAGGAGAGCGUCCCUCCCAACGCCAUUCAGCGCUCGUACGCCCACCCAGCUUGGAUUCCCCUGGUGCGCGACUGGGGCGGAAACAACCUGGCUGUGGAUCUCGCUCCUGGCCCCAAUGGAAGAUGGGGACAAAUUGUUCUCUUUGGCCGCGACUACGAUACCAAGUACGUCAUUGCUCGUUCUUGGGCCCACUUCCUUGCCAUGGUUGCAGACGACCUCUCCAGCGGCAAGUGGUUCGUGGACGAGGAGACCAAUGAGCUCAAGUUGCGGGAAUUUAAGGAGACGCGUGUUGAGCCUCCCUACUUCGGCAUCCUGCGAUGGCGCAUGGACCAGAAGUACGGCCGUAGAGUCGCGAAGCGCAAGUCGGUCGUUCCCACCAACAGAGCUGGAUCUCCGGCCGGAUCUGGCGCCAAUUCUCCAUACUCGAGUCCGACGGCAACCGAGCCCAACGGUGAACAGCGAGGACGAUCGAUGCAGCGACUAGGAGGCACUUCUCCGGUGUCCAGCCCCAUCCGCCCUGGCUACGGAAAGUCCAGUCCCCUUGCACGAGUGGCCGAAGAAACCCCCCUGCCGGAGCUGCAGACCAACGGUCUCAAGCCGACGAAGCUUGUCGAAGUCGAAACCCCCCGGCCGAGCGAAGACAACGGCAAGGGUUCGCGCGUGUCACUCUUGUCGCACGUCGAAACCGCCGAGGGCGAGGGCAAGGAGAACCAGAACCCCGCCGGCAAGACAAACGGCAAGGCCAAUGGCAAGCAGCCUGAGGUGUCGGAGGAGCCGAUGAAGGAGAUCGAGAUUUAG